AACAUGGCGUCAAAAAAUAGCAAGGAUGAUCUUAGACAGCAAAUAAAAACACCUGACAGUAAAAGACAGUACCGUAAAAAGAAAAAAUACUCGGAUUCUAGUGACAGCAGUGAUAGUGAGGAUAACUAUAACACUCGGUCUCGACAUGACAAGGAGAGAGAAGCGGAGCGGAAGGAAGAAAUGCGUAAAACGCAAACGGGAAUAACCCAACGUCGUUUAUUUUCUGAAGAACAGUGUGAAGAAAUUGAGAGAAAGAUCGACGAAGUUGUUAAGAUAUCAAACAGAGGUGUAUACAAAGAACAUACAGUAGAUAGAGCUCCCCUUAGAAAUAAAUAUUUCUUCGGUGAAGGUUACACAUACGGAUCACAGCUCGAAAAAAAGGGUCCGGGUAUGGAGCGCCUUUAUCCCAAGGGCGAGGUUGACGAAGUUCCAAAAUGGAUCUUUGAUCUUGUAGUUAAGCCCAUUGUUAAAGCAGGACUAGUACCAGAAGGCUUUGUUAACAGUGCAGUGAUAAAUGACUACAUGCCAGGUGGUUGCAUUGUGUCCCACAUUGAUCCACCCCAUAUUUUUGACAGACCUAUAGUGUCUGUAUCAUUUUUUAGUGACAGCGCCUUAUCAUUUGGUUGCAAAUUUUCAUUUAGGCCUAUUCGCACAUCAGAGCCUGUGCUGGUGCUACCUAUAGAUAGAGGAUGUGUAACCUUGAUUAGUGGCUAUGCAGCUGAUAACAUAACCCACUGUAUUAGGCCUCAAGAUGUUGUCAAAAGACGAGCUGUAAUCAUCCUGAGAAAGACAUGUGAUGAUGCUCCAAGACUUGAUCCAGUGGCCAGUUCUAGAGUAAGACCAGCAUAUGAUGCCAGGAAGCGACCAAGAGACCGGUCCUCAGCGCAUUCAAGUUCAGAGUCACACAGCUCAGACAGUGAUAGUGGUCAUCAUUCUCACCGGAGGCGUAAGAGAACAAGGCAUUCCUACCCUGAUACUAGUUCCCGGUUCCUGUACGACAGGCGUGAAGAAAAUGGUCACAGUCAUCGUCACAAAUCCAAAAGAUCUCACCAUACAAGGAGGCACAGGUCUGAAUCCCCGAAACACCGUGGUGGUAGCAAUAGUCGUAGUAAGAGAGAAGUUAAAAUUGUAGAGAAUGUAUAGAUAGUUUACUGAGAUAUUACAUACCUAAAUGAAUGGAUGUACAAUGUACAUUACUGCGGUGAGAUUUUAUAAACUGUUGGUUUAGUGGCCAAUAACAAAGUUUGAAAAAAGACACUUCAGGGAAGGCGAUAUGUUAUUGUAUACAUGUACAUAGACCGCUGUUAAAGUUUGUUGAUUUUUUUUCUUUUCAUUAUUUGUUAAACUUACCGGUAUAUUGUUGUUUUCUUUCUGAAGUAGUGAAAAGGAUGCUGCUUUUUUACAGAAUUGUUCAGUUUUCUUACAUACAUGUGUGUGGGUUUUCUGAAAUAUUUAACAAUGUACAAAUUUUUAUUCAACUGUAGCUUUUGAAUUUUAGUUAUAUACUGCUCAAUGUAUUGUGUAGUUCUUAAAUAUAUGUAAGUGACACAAAAAACAAGUAUGAAAUGGUAACUAUAUGAUGAAGUCUAUAAUUUUUCUUUUAGUUUAUUAUUUGGUUUAUUUCUAUUCUGUCUGGUGAGAUCAUAUUAUAUUCAAUAGUAUCAUCUUUAUGCCUAAGCCAAGGCAAGGGUGCUUAUAGUGGUACCCCUGUGUGCGCAAAAAGCAUAUCCUGUCCAUAACUGUCAUGCAUCAAGGGAUCUUGAAAUAACUUGGGAAAAAUGUUGAGCAUGAUGAGGACGUGUAUCAUAUGCAAGACCUAGACCCCUAGCUUUAAGGUCAAGGUCACAUAAAGAAGUCAAAGAUCAGCAGUUAGAAUCUUGUCUGGCCAAUCAUGCAUGUAUUAAGGUAUUUUGAAAGGGUGUGUCAUGCACAAGACCUAGAUCCUUAUCUCCAAGGUCAAGGUCAUGUUAAAAGGUCAAAGGUCAGCAAUUAGGAAAUCUUGUCCAACCCAUAACUCUGUCAUGCAUCAAGGGAUUUUAAAAAUUUGCACAAAUGUGAAGCAUCAUGAGACGAUGUGUCAUGCGCAAGAGCUAGAACCCUAGCUUCGAGGUCAAGGUCACAAUAAGAUGUCAAAUGUCAGCCUUAAAUUUGAAGAAAAAAAAAUACUUAAUGUAUAAAUAUCUACUUCUAUUUUUCUAUUUCUAUGCUCUGUCACUCUACAUUUUGAAAUUAAGGCCAGCUUGUAAAUAUUAAAAAACAGCCAUCUGUCCUCUUACUUUAAAAGGUAUCUUAUUACAAAAAAAUUUAUGAAAUACCAACUUUGCUUUCCUGUCAUAACAUCUUUAUUAUAUUAUAGGUGUCGUAACAUUUCUAGCAGGGGCAUCCUUGUCUUUCAGACUCAUUUCUGGCUUUUGCAGUUUAUUAUGAAUGAUGACUGUAUUUAAAUAUUUUUUUUACAAUUGAAUUAAAAGAAAUGAAAACCUAUGAUACAUUAUUUAAGCUAGAUACCUUAUACUUGUACACAACAUACAUGUACCUCUGAUUUAUACCUUUAUAAUGGGAUAUUGUAAUAAAAAUCUUGACCUUUGAAAUCAAGGUCAUUUUUUUUUCGCAAAAAAACAGGUAAUUUGAUUAAAAAAACAACAACAUUCUAUUUAUUAAAAGCAGAUUUAAAACAAGGGCAGUAAUUGUUACAUGUACAAAAGCAUCAUGUUCUUUUCUGAUUUUUUUGUAUUUGCAGAUAAAAAUACAAGAUACACAUAUAAUGUUGAUUUUACUUUCAUUUUUCACUUUGUUAUUGAGAUAUAAAUACAAUUAUGUUAAUGAUUUUUUUAGAGAUCUGUUUUAUAUUACCUCAUGAUGAUAAGUUUUCUGAUUAUGUAAUUGCAUUUGUUUAGUUUUUUCUUUAACUCGUUGUCUUCUGGUUGAACUGCCUCCGUGGUCGAGGGGUUAGAGUCGAUGAGUUCUAAUCCAGUUACCUCUCUGCGUGGGUUUGAUCCCCGGGAGAUGCUUUGGUAGUUUAGCACGGAGGAAGGUAGUCUAGUACUGGUGUAACUCUCCAGGAACGAUGGUUAGGAAAGUACCCGUCUAUAUGAUUGGAAAAGGCGUAAAAUGAAACAAAUGAAACAGAAUCUUCCCAUGCAACCAGUGCAGACUUAGCUCUGCAGGAAUAUGCAUGCAAUGGUCAGCAGUGUUCAAUAUGUCAGUAUAUUUUAUGAAAUAUAAGUGUUAGAAAAUUUAUUAAAGUAUUAAAGUCAGUAUAUUUUAACCUACCCAAGUAUAUAAAAAAUAAUGUCACUGGCAUAUAUGGUGCAUAAAUUGGUGUACAUUUAACAUUUUAUAAAGAAUAGAGACUACCGUCAGAAAGUGAAUUCUGAGCUCAAUUCUGAUCAUCUUACAUAGUCCGUUUAACAAAAUAAGCAAGGUAAAGUUAAUAGGAUUCUUCAUAAUUAGACUUUGUUAACAAUAGAUCAUCCUGUCUUUAUUUUGAUGCUGUUCAGUGUAAUAUCUAGUUAAUGAAAUAUCAGGAUAAUCACAUUGAGUGUUUAGAAAAAAUAGUUAAAUUUAUAAGGAUAGUUUUCAAAAGUGCUCACAAUAAUUUCUAUAGAUUAUGCCAAUCUUGCCAUUUCAAAAUGAUUUAUGCUAAAUGGGUUUAUGAUUUGUUAUAGACUGGGAACUUCUUUCAGAAAUCAUCUGUAAGUGGAUGGAAGAACAUUUUUAAAACACUUGAAAUAUAAGCACCAAAUAAGGGGCGUCCGUGGCCGAGUGGUUAAGGUCGUUGACUUCAAACCACUUGCCCCUCACCCCUGUGGGUUAGAAUCCCAACAGGGACUUUGGAUUCUUUAAUGUGAGGAAGCUAUCCAGCUAGCUUACGGAACGUUGGUGGUUCUACUCGGGUACCCGUUCGUGCCUGAAAUAAUGCAAGGACGGGCACCUGAGGUCUUCCUUCACCAGUAAAGCUGGAACGUCGCGAUAUGACCUAUACUGUGUUGAUGUUACGUAAAACCCAAAACCAACAAACAAAAUAAGCACCAAAUUACUUAACCAUAAGAGAAAGUUUGCAUGUUUUUUCUAGAUUAUCGAAUGUCCUGUAUGAGUUAUUAAUGCAACCUCCUUUUGGUAUUAAUAAUGUAGUUUAUGAAUACUGGUACUUAAAGUACAUUUGUAUUUUUUUCUUCUUCUAUUAUUAUCCCACUACUGACAGACUGUACUUUACAAAUGAUUAUGGUUCUUACUUGAAAUAUCAAAGUUAUUUGGACCUAGAAUUUGUAUAGUUGUAAUGUUCAUGUGAGGAAAGGGCAAGGGAAACUAUGAAAACUUUUUGUCAUAUAUUGCCAAAAACUUAUACACUGGUAUAAUAGAUCGUUUUGUUCUUGCAUUGAUUUAUUUUGUAACUGCACCUCUAUAAGUGAUGGUUUAGACAUAAAUACUUGUUUUUGUUACAGUUGAAAAUCUUUGAUUAGUUAUUUACUUCACAAUACUUUGAAAUAUAUAAGACAUGCAUAUGAUAGCAAAUUGCAUAAUAUAAAUGACAAAGUCACCAUUUACAUGGAUACAUGUAUGUAUAUGUUUAUAUAUCUUGAGUUUUUGUUGUAACUUGUAACAAGUUUUUUGUGUGUUUAUAAUGUAGAUAAAGGAAGAGAGUUGCUUGAUAAAGUUGUCUGCAUUAUUAAUAUGAUAAUUAUGUAGCCAUCAACCUGCUUGAAUUAUAGCUAAUUAGCACUUGCCACCAGUGUAUAGCCAGGCCAGUCUGAACAUAUGUGCAGUCUGACCAGGCUCUAUACUGUUGGCUGAUGAACUUCAUGCCUGCAUUUCGAUAUCCCCAAAACUGAAAAUGACAGUUGAAAAAAUGAAGCUGUAUAAUUUAGCAGGUUAAGGGUUAAACAAUAUUAUUAUCAGUUAAUGCGAUAUUAUUAUCAGUUAAUGUGAUAAUAUUAUCAGAUUAUACGUUCAUGCUUGGAAUAUCAUUUUGUUGUUAGCCUGCAGAUUAUUAUGAUUUUGUUGUUGUUUAUUGUUGAUGAAAGCAUCAUAGUGCUGUUUCAAGCUGUUACCAUGGGUUUUAAUUAUGGGAUAAAUGUUUUGUUAGUGUCACAUUUAUAAAUUUCAUGUUUGAACUUUAUUUGUAUCUGGUUUACCCUGUUGGAUUAUAUGAAUAUAUAGGUCAAUUAUAACAUUUCUAUGUCGUGAUUUGUAGGGGAUAAAAUCUAAUAUGUUUUUUUUUCUAACCAUUAGCUUGUUUAUAUUUAAAAAAUUUAUUGCUUAAUAACUUGCUGCCCACAAAACAGGUAUACCACCUUCAAUCACAGAGCACCUGGUUUGCUUAUAAAUGGGGGAUAUUCCUGUGAAAAGGUUUAUCUGAUUUAUUGUAUUUUGGUGUGAUUUCAUGUGAACAGAUGAUGUUAACAUGGUACAUUUUCUUUUAUAUAAAAGUAUAUAAUUUUAAUGAUAUCAUUGACAAACAUCCAGCCUUUCACUUAUUUACUUAAAACAUUAUGUAAAUUGUUGAAAUUUUUAGUUUAUAUGCAUUGAUUAAGAAACAAGACAGGCGAGAGCAAAAGGGUUAUUAUAUAAUUAUCCUGUUUAAGAAUUAAAGAAAUAUUGGCAGAACUAUAUAGCCAAUGUGCCUUUGAUAAGUACAUGUACUUUACACCAUUUUUUUCGUGGUUUGUCAUUUGAAAGCUUAAAUUUUCUGAAUUUCAUCUAGCUGAUGAGAAAGAAAACUCACUGGGUUUGAUUGAUAAGGACUGGGAUUGAUACAGGACUAGGAUUAUCAAAGGUUGAUUGAUACAGCACUAGGGUUAUCAAGGGUUAAUUUGAUACAGGACUAGGGUUAUCAAGGAGUUAAUUUGAUACAGGACUCCUAUGGUUUUGAUUGAUGUAGUACUGGGAUUAUCAAGGUUUUGUUGAACAUUGCUUUAUUAUGUUUGAUAAUGUUAUGUAUGUUUUAGAUACCAAUGCAUAUUUCAUAGAGUGUUUCUGGUAUAAAUAUUUAUUGAUACUGUAUCAAAUUUUAAGGUCUGACUGAGAGAAAGUAGAAAGUCUGGGGUAUCUACCUAAUAAAUAAAUCAUGAUGUUAGAAUAGGGCACAUUUCAGCAGGGUUUAAAUGAUAUUAUAUUACAGACAUAUUAAAGAAUAAAAGAGUAAGCUUAUAUUUUACAUGGGCAGUGUAAGUGAAAUAAUUUGAUAGCAGUCUCAUUAAAAAAAGACCUUCAUUUAUAUUUUGUACAAAUUAGGGCAUAUUUUGCCAGCUUUAAAGGGAACUUAUUGAUAUUGAUGUUUUAGAUUGUUUGUCUGAGUUGUCUCCCAUUGUAUUGCAAUAUUUUUAUGAUUUAGAAUUCUUAUCGGUACUUACUGGAAUAGUCCUAAAUUGAAUAUUCUGAUUACAGGCCAGGCAUAGAUUACAUGUUAAAGGUAUGAUACUUUAAGUGAAACUGCCUCUGACAGUUUCUUGGCUGUAAAAUGAAAGCAAUAAAAAAGGGAUAUUUUAAAUCAUUGUUGAUCAGUUCUUAAAAUGAUAAAUUUAAAUUGAUAAAAUUGAUAUUUGAUGUCUAUCAUGUCAUUAGAUAGGACUUAAUUCUUUCUCUUCCACAUUUUAUAUCUAUGAAAACUUAUUUACUCAGUUUUUCACUUGAGAAUUUAUCUUGAAAAUUUUAUUGAAAAUGUUCAUUGAUAUAUCUAGUAUCACUUUACAUUCACAAAGAUUGGUGUGUGAUAUACUUGAAAUGUAAACAAAUAUGUAUUUUUUAAUGGUCAUCUUAGGAAAUGAAGUAAAGUGAAUAAAUGAAUGUUCACAGUUGUGAACGUUUAAUGUAUCCAAGUUGUAAUUUGAAGAUAAAUGUUUUUUAUGAAAUGUUUUCUGUACAUAUACUUAAUGUCCCUCCCUUCAUCUUGGCUAUUUCUCUUCUAAAAACUUGGCAUAUAAGAGAUCCUCCUCAACUAGCUUGUUUUUGGAACACAUUUGCUUGAAACCCCACCAACUUUAUGAUACAUGUACGAGUAACAAAUUUCCGGGAAGCCCCACCAAAUGUUUUUGACACAUAUGUACGUUGAAAAUGUGGAUGAAAUUUUAUAAAAUGCUUUUUUCAUCAGACUUUGUUUUUGUUUUUUUUGGCCUGUAGAAUUUGAAAGUCAUUUGAUUUGUUUACCUUAAAUCAACUAAAACAUUCACUGUACAAUUGAUUGUUGUUCUACAAUAAAAUAAAGGUGGUCUCUACAGUAAUUUCAUUUUCAGUGGUCCAUUUUGUUUUCUUUUGUCUACAAUUUGUUGCGAGUUAGAUCCGGCGGAGGGGGUGGAAUAAGAAUCAUGUCAUGUACUUUUUCACGUGAAGAAACUAUCGAAUAGAUAACAAAAGUUGGUUGGUUGUCCUCGAGCACAGGACUCGUGAUGACGUCAUCCCGUUGACAACCUGAAUAGUUCACAAGCAAUGGAAUGUGUUUAUAUGAUGUAGUAUUGAGCUUUUAGUUUUCUAAAGUGUAACUGCUUUGUAAAGAUAAAAAUUAUGUUUAAACAUGUUUUUUUCAUUAAUUUGUAUCCAAUUUAUUGAAAUUGUCAAAACCAUUGUCCGGAAGCGUAGUAGUUUGUUCAUGUUGCGAUAUUAUUGAGGGAAAAAAAGAUAUUUGAAAACCACUGAAUCUUAUUUGUGUAAAUUUUGUUUAUUAAAAUGUUUAUACAGUUAUUGUUUCAAAGCUACUAAUUGUUCCAUUUCAAGUAUAAAUAAAAUGUUCGCCAAG